ACAAAUUUAGUAAAUAUUUGCAGACAGAGUGGUUGAAUAGUCCAGUAGAUUGUCUGUUAUGAAGGGGGGAUUUAAAGAGAGGGGAGUGCUGGAAUAUUGUUGUCCCCCAGAUUCUGCUUGAGGAUGCGUGGGAGCACAGCAGGGAUAUCGGACGGUCUCAAGGGUAGUUCUCACAUCCACUAUUUAUUUCUAACCACUUUGGACCACUUGAUAUCCUCAGUAAUAAUUUCUCCUCUUGUCAUCAGCUACUGGAGAGGAACUUGGGGAAGUAUGGAUUAUUUUGUAUUUUCCAAAAACCCUCGUUAUAGCAGUGCUGUAUCCAUUGUGGUCGGGUACUUAGGCACUAUGCUUUUCACUGUAACCCAGAAGUACCACAGAAAAAUUCUCCACCCAGAUCUUCACUGGCUCAGUUAUUAUUUUGUUUCAAGAGUGUAUACGGCCUGUUUUGGCUUGAUAUGUGUAAAUUCAUGGCGUGGUGUUUGGAUGGCCUUAGAUCUGUAUACAAGUGUCGAUUCAAAAACUGUCGCAUCCAUCACCUUUAUAAGUGUAAUUCUUCUUGCUGUGUCUCACACGCUUAGAAAUGUUUCAGCAUCACCUUUCACAAUUGUAACCGAUAGAUAUGAAGGAUAUUUUGAUGUACCCACACUUCUGCAAUCGGGAACAGAAAACCUUUGGAUGUACAUUCUCGACUGCACGUAUUCCAUAUGUGUGGUCGGGACGUUAGUCGUUUUUGUUUGGAGAGGGGCUUGGUGUCUUCUCGACAUGUUCCUCUACCCGAGUCAGCCGGAGAUGUCCGCCUGGGCGUCAUUGGGAAUAGGAUACAGCCUGGUGUUGGUCUCUUUCGGUCUUCAGCCGGCAAUGAAGUACUUAGCGAAAGUCCUGACCGGCGUCUGGAGGCUCAUUGCUGUCGAUGUGUACCUUCUAUUCUCUUUCUGCGGGAUGAUUAACGUCUGGCGUGGAAUUUGGAACCUGCUGAACGUCUACUUUCUCCCUGAUAUGCCACAUCUGAGUAAUAUUUUAACGCACGCGUUCAGUUUCCUACUACUCGUUCUCAUUAACAGUUCCAACUCAAUUUUAGUCCGAGGAGUGUACGUCGACGCUCAAGAAGAUGGGGAACAAUGCGUCGACUUCCCAUGUUAUUACAUCAGACUAUUCUUUCAGUCCCGCCAGAAGAAGAAGUUCCUCAGCGAGUCCGAGAAGAAUCUCAAAGAGAGGCGGAAAAGCGAAGCGGCCGAAACUCUGAUUCAGAUGGGUGCUGAAAAAACGGUGAUAGUCGUCCCCAACCAUACAGACGCCAUCACCAACGCCGUAUGACGCCAUCUCAAGGGUUUCACAUAACUGGACAAUUUUAAUUUAUUGUAAAUACUCGGACCCUGUGUGAUCGCUCGUUAGAACCCAUCGGCGACCGGCAACGGUCCAUCGUGAUUUAAGAAGGCAUUUGCUUAGCAUUAGCUGUUAGUUGGACCCUUCCUGCCUUCUGUGGAGGAGAGAAGCGGCCCAAUUGUUUCAUUGUCAAGGAUCGUUGACCAACGUCCGACUAAUUCUUCACCAUGCUUUUUUGCAUUUAAUAAACAACCAACCGGAUUAACAGUUGUAAAGGCACUUUUAUGUUUAUUGUUCUGCAGACAAUUAUCAUAAGGUAAAAUGUCUAAGAUUAAGAAUAAUUUCCAGUUUAUGUGUGAAUAUUAAAAAACAAUAUAUUUAAUCAAAAUUGCAGAGAAAGAGUUUUAAAAUCCAUUUAAACGAUUAAUUUUAUAAAAUAUCAAAGUGAUCAUUUAAAUUAUUAUGAUUUAAAUAUUUUUCGGUCAUUUACUAUUAUAUUAUAUUAUAGUAAAAAAUUGGUAUUACCUAUCACGGAUUUAUAUUAUUUUGUUAUAAUUUUUCUUUUGAAAAAUCCAUUAAAAAUUUUAAAAAACAACUAUAAAUAUUUUGUGUUUUACAGAAAAUCAUUUCUAUUUUCAGAUUUGGUUUGAAAGAAUUGAGUUUUAACUUUUAGCUAGGAAGAGAAAAAAAGAAAAAAUAUCGUCAAAAUUGUAUAACAAUAGAUGAAUAAAACGUCAGGCUAAAAUUACCCGAAA